AUGCACAAGAUCAUGGGAGCAGAAGACUUUGAGCUGGAGUGGUGCUAUGAGCAGUAUGCCGAUGUUAUUCAUACAGUCUUUUGUUUCGGGAUCAGGAGUCAACAGGGAAGGGCAGGAGUUUCUGCCAGAAGCGGUUCCUCUCUGGACAUUCUGCAGCAGAAACUUCGAGACCUGAAGGAGGAAAAUCUCUCUCUCAGAUCAGAGGCGAGUCAGCUGAAGUCUGAGACAGCGUCAUAUGAGGACAAGGAACAGCAGCUGGUGAAUGACUGCGUCAGAGAGCUGAGGCAGUCCAGCAUCCAGAUCUCCAGUAUAGCAGAAGAACUGGCCAAAAAAACAGAAGACGCCUCUCGCCAGCAGGAGGAAAUCACACACCUUCUCUCUCAGAUAGUGGACCUGCAGAAAAAAGCCAAAACUUUUGCUGUUGAGAAUGAAGAACUUUCUCAGCACCUUACGGCAGCUAAAGAUGCUCAAAGACAGCUUACAUCCGAGCUGCAGGAGCUGGAGGAAAAAUACUCCGAGUGCAUUGAAAUACUCCAUGAGGCUCAAGAGGAGGUCAAGAACCUACGGAACCGCAGUGUGUCCGCAGGAACUCCUCGACGCUAUCACCCUCUGGGACUUUUUCCCAUGGACUCCCUGGCUGCUGAAAUUGAGGGAACCAUGAGGAAGGAAUUGAGUCUCGAGAAUCCUGAUAAUGAAGAACAGAGGGUUCGUCAUAAGCGUGUGUUUGAGACUGUGAAGAACAUCAACCAGUCUGUCAGACAGCGAUCUGCUAAUUCUGCUACCAACAUCCCUGGAUCCAAUCAGAUGCUCUCCUCCCUUAGCUCCGCCCUCUCUGACAGCAAUGGCAACAAUGCAGCGCCUGAUAACCGUACACAGAGCAUGCUCCAGGAGACCGGCUCCUCAGAUGCUGCUGUGGAUACCCCUGAGAAGCGAUCUGGCCCUGAGGAGCUCAAACUUGCUCUGAGGCGACUGUCUUUGCGACGGCAGAACUGUCUGAGUGAGCGUCUCUUCUUUGAGGGGGAGCGAGAGAGGCGUAAUCGGGAGCCAGCAGACAGUGCAGAUUACUCAAACAGGCUGGUGCACAGCGAGAGCAUCAUGUCCCUGGGCGCUUGGGCCAGUCGGCCCUAUCUUCCCGACAAGCUCCAGAUUGUCAAACCUCUGGAAGGCUCGGCUACACUUCAGCACUGGCAGCAGUUGGCUCAGCCUAAUCUGGGUGGUAUCCUGGAUGCUCGACCUGGUGUGGUCCCGAAAGGCUUCCGUCCCUUGGAGCUGGAACUGGAGGAAGUAUAUCACUAUGCUGACUAUGAGGAAGAUGAACCUGGAGUGCAGUACUUCCAGAACCUUCCCACCACAUCCAAUCCCAGUGUCCCUCCUGCCCAUAGCCUCGCCCCCUCAGCCUCCCCGUCACCAUGUCUCAGCACAGGUCAUGCUUCCAUAGACUUCUCAACUCUUGGAUCUUUUCCAGUGUAUUUCCCAGGGAAAUGCAUGGCUCAUACAAGUUCAACCUACACCUUCACCACCUGCAAAAUCCUCCAUCCGUCUGAUGAGCUUACAAGGGUGACACCCAGUUUAAACCCCGUCCCCACUUCGUCCUGCGUGAUGUCAAGCAGUCUGCGCUCGACACCUGCCGCCACGCCGUGUACUCCUCGGCGAAUGAGUCUGUCCCAGUCUCAGUCUUUCACCAACCUGCGGGACUCCACCAAAACCUUCAGCACAUCUUUGGGCCUUGUGCGCCUCUUGCAGGAGAGAGGCAUCUCUGCUGCAGUGUACCAGCCUCACAGCUGGGACAGAGGAAGCGGAGGAGCUCUCUUCUCCACUUCAGUUCUUCCUCCUCCCGACCAGAAUCGUCCCACCACUCCGCCUAAUUCCCCCACCCGCUGCACUCCCAGCCCCAGUUCGGGCGUUUCUGAUGUAGAUACCUCCACACCUUUCUCUUUUAAGAGCCCAUGCUAUGAAAACUUUUUGGCUUCCAAGCCAGCAAGGUCCAUUUUGAAAGAGGUGGCGGGGGUGUCUGGGGCUCAGGCUAAAGACUGUGAGAGCCAAACCGAUGUCAGUAUGUAUAAUCUCAAUUUAGUUGAUAAGCUGAAAAGGUUGGGGUUGGCAAGCCCUGGGGCUUCUGGGGCAACAGGGGGAGGGAUUCCGAGGCCAAGCCCACUUAUAGGUCCUCUGGGUGGGCUUCGGAGGGCAGGGUCCCCCUUUAGUCCACUGAACGAAGGUAUGAGGAGGAAUCGGAGCUAUCCUGCUAUGGUUGGUGCCAGCAUGGCAAUGAAGGGGCCCGGCCCUCAAGGGGACGAAAUGCUACUGGCUCCUAAACUACCCAAGCAAACAAGUCUCAAAUAAUGAGUUGUACAUAAUAAUAAAUCACACAAUCAGUGGAUUGUUCCUCGCUAACUUACUAACACAGAAUUCAAAAUUUAACUUGUAAAAAACAUACAGUAAAAACACACUUAAAGUGAAAAUUCACCAGAAAAUUCUGUCAUUUACUCACACUCAUGUUGUUCCAAACCUGUAUGACUUUACAGAAAACAGUAUUUUGUAGAAUAUUUCAAAAUGACUGGACCCCACUUACUUUCAUUGGAUGGCCAAAAAAACUAAACAAAACACUGAGACAUUUUUCAAAAUAUCUUUUGCACUUCACAG